UAUUUGACAUUGGAAAUGGAUAGACUUUGUGGAUUUUAGGGAGGAUAUAGUUACCACCAAACGAAAAUAUUCCUAAUUUGGGUCUUUGUUAAUGUGGCCUAAAGUGAAUCAAUCGUUACCCACCUAACUAACCCUUAAUCUAUUAUUUGUUUAAUACAAAACAUGAUUAAUUUCUUUUAAAUCACAUCUGGAUCUUUUAGUCUUGUCAAAUCUUGCUCUUUCCUCGUUUGAAUCUUUGGAGCCAUGUCGGAUCUUGCGAAAGACGCAUGGCGAAAAUAUCUGAUUCAGCUUCAAGCUCACCCUUUACGAACCAAGGCGAUCACUGCAGGGGUUUUAACAGGGUGCAGUGAUGCUAUAGCUCAGAAGAUCUCUGGAGUUAAACGGAUUCAGUUCCGGAGAUUGCUUCUCCUUAUGUUGUAUGGGUUUGCUUAUGGAGGACCAUUUGGUCACUUUUUCCACAAAUUGAUGGAUACCAUUUUCAAAGGGAAGAAGGGUAAUUCAACUGUUGCCAAAAAGGUUUUGUUGGAACAACUUACAUCAUCUCCUUGGAACAAUUUUCUUUUCAUGUCAUAUUAUGGUUUAGUGGUUGAAGGGAGGCCAUGGAAGUUAGUGAAGCAAAAAGUUGGGAAAGAUUACCCUACGAUCCAGUUAACAGCAUGGAAGUUUUGGCCUAUUGUGGGAUGGGUUAAUUAUCAGUAUGUCCCUUUGCAAUUCCGCGUCUUGUUCAGUAGCUUCGUUGCCUCUUGCUGGAGCAUAUUUCUGAACCUGAAAGCGCGAUCUCCAGCGAUCAAGAACGCCUAGAGAACUCUAUAUGGAAAAAACAAAAUGAUUCUCUUUUUUCUUUUUUCUUCAAAUGUACAAAAGCUCCAAGAAUUGAAUCUCAAGUAAAAAACUGAGAGAUGUGAUCAUUCUUGAAUAGAUCAAAUUCGGUCA